UUAUGCCAACAUGACCGCAACCACCGAAGCGUAGAAAGCCGAAAUUAGACGCUGUUUCAAUAAAAUACCGCCACUUCUAUUCAAUAAUGCUAUUGAAAAUUUUAUCAAAACAGUACGCUUGUGCCAACAAAGCCGUGGGCCAUUUACAAGAUAUUUUGUUUCAUAUAUAUAAUUCCCAAAUGUACACAUGAUAAAUUAAUAAAUAUUUCCAU